AUGUCGCGUAUAUAUGGGAUAUGGAUUCGCAAGUUCAUAUCACGGUGUAGUGCACCGAUAGAGGUGUUGGUGACGUAUCGGCGCGGGUUACCCGUGAUCGUAGUGCCGUUGCCGUCGCGUCGCGAGCGAUGCCGUUUCACACUGCGCCCGGUUUCGCAAACGGUCGGCGAUUUGUUGGAGCAGGUUAAAGCGGAAGACAGGGGCGUGGAGCGCGCUGUGGCGCUCGCACCCAACGAGCGGGUUAGAAUCGCGGCCAGCGACACCGUGGAGUCCCUGCUGGAGGAUGACUUCAGACUGAUCAUCAACGACACGGAGUACUACGUGAAGAGUCCGCCGCAGGAGCGCCUGAGCUCUGAGGAGAUCACACGGCUGAGCGACGUACGCAACCUGGUGAACCAGCUGUACGAAGCGCUCAACGUCCGCGAGCACCAGAUCCGCAAGGAGAGGGAGCUCAGGUCACAGCUGGAGAAACUUUCCGUGGAACUGCAGCCACUGGAAGAGAAACGGAUGACCCUCGAAGUGGAGACCACACGCCGUACCUCCGCGCUCACGUGGGUCGGCCUCGGUCUUAUGGGGGUCCAGUUCGGUGUCCUUGCGCGUCUCACCUGGUGGGAGUACUCCUGGGACAUAAUGGAGCCGGUCACGUACUUCGUCACGUACGGAACCGCUAUGGCCGCCUACGCGUACUUCGUGCUUACCAAGCAGGAGUACGUGCUGCCGGACGUUAAAGAUAGACAACACCUUUUGACGCUACACAAAAAAGCGAAAAAAGUGGGCCUAGAUAUUAAUCACUACAAUUAUUUGAAAGAUGAGAUCGACAAGGUCCAGAAGGACCUGGCCCGCCUCCGGGACCCUUUACACAUCCACCUGCCGGCCUCGUACGCGCCGAAGGCGGACGACAAACGCUCGCCCCUCACCAAGCUCAAGGACAUGCUCGAUGAGACCACCAAGAAGAUGAAGAUCACG